AUGUGCAACGUCAUCACCGGGAGCUGUGUAGUCUCCCCUGGCGUCUUUCAAAUCCCCAGCGCCGGGAAGCAGCAGUGGGUGGCCAGCGUCCUCGUCAAGAGCGUAUGGGACGGCGGCAUCGAAACACAGCCAUUCUGCGAGGUGGGAGCCCAGCUCCCAAACGCUACCAACCCCUAG